CUCUGGGGAAAUUUCUGGAAGGCCGUUCAACUUUGCGGCAACUAUAACUCUGAAAAGCCUCAGUCCGGUUAUUUUCAGCAAAAGCCAAGCAUAAUCGUUACUUUGGGUAUCGGGCAAGACACAGCAGCUGAAAAAGCUCUGAUCAAGGUAAGGUUUCAGGAGACUGAAUUGCCGAGAGAUUCACUUUUCUACGGAGCUGAUCCAAUGCAAGAAAUCAACGAAGAGCUUUAUUCAAAAUUCGGAACAUACUUCCCUAUUGCUGUGGGUAGCGAAUCGAAAAUUUUCAAAGCCAACGUCCUUAUCAAUGGUAAGCCAUAUUCCUACGUGGAUCGUAACGUGAUCCAUAUUGAACUCAUUUACUUCCUUACGCAACUGGUACUAUUCUUAAGAUUCUUAAGAUUUACUAUUGUAUACGAUGACAUAUGGAUAGAUGCCGAAGGAGCGGAAUACGAAAUGUUCCCGUACUUCUAUCGUGGUGGAGCACUUGAUCAGAAUGGGAUUACUUUGUGCCAGUUUAAUUUGGAGAUCCAUCAACCUAGCGAUGCAAAAAAGGAGAUGUUCCAAAAGUUCAUUCUUCAACUACUCCGAGACAACCGAUACGGGGUAUUUCGUAUCGUUCAGGGACGUCACAUGCGGUUGUAUUUUUUGAAUUUCUCCGAUUCUCAUUGUGUUUCUAAGUACAUUUUUAGGAGUACCUCUUAA